CGCAGAAUUACUGAUAUCGGCGCAACUAGAAAUGCACUUUCUGUGGAGUGAUGAUGUGUAGAAGCGAAAAUGCUCCGAAGUCUCAGCCCCAAUGUGUUUCACUCUUCUUGUAGCUCAUGAUGAACAUGACCGGGUGCUUAUUUGGUCUAAUCGCAUAAUCGGACUAAUCCCGGCCUCAUCUCCAGAUCAACCUCAGUAUAGCUCUUCCUAUUUCACUUGACCUUGAUAUUCGAUCACGCGACCCUAUGCGGAAUCAAAAUCGCAGCUGGUAUUCCGGACAGCUAUGAGCAACGGCUUUAUUACCUUCGUUUUCAUGACCCAAUGGCAGCAUUCGUUCCAUAUUUGAAGCAACCAAUCUCAUCUCAAGCUCGCCUCAUAUCACCAAAUCUCACUGCCUCAUGAGACUAUACCCAAAAAUGGCCCUCAGAAGUCCAAUACCUUGGCAGCAACUCCAGCUUCUCCGCCGCUCUACGCCAUCACAACAUGGGCUCGCCAUCCACCGUCCAUUUUGUCCAACCUCAACUCUCCUUAGGUCCUUCCACUCAUCCCCCAACCAUCUCAUGAAAGUGCGCAAACCAGGCUCCUUCUCCACCAUCCGCUUCACAGCCUCAGACAUCCCACCACUCUCGCACUGGGAAUCCCUCGCGUCCCAAACCGGCAACCCCAUCACUGCUCUCGGCCUCACCCCUGAAGCCUGCCUGUCCACAAUGCAGCAAUACGUAUCCAUCGCUCCCACCUUGCAGCAACGCCCUCUGCCUACCACUCUUGCUAAGGAUAAGCUCCACUCCAUUGCCGUCCUUAUCAUCACCGGCCCGCCAAACGCAGCCUGGCCCAUCGCUCUACACAUGCUUAAUACCCUAGUCUCCCUGAGCUACACCCCGUCCAUCCUGACCAUGGCCCGUCUCGGCUUCCGCACCCACAAGCUGGGCGAGCCGCAGUUCUACCCGGCGCGGUGCGCCUUCGACGCUCUCGCGCGCAAGGAGACAGAUCCCAAUGCUUGCACACUACAGGGCCUGAUUCUCGCCGCGCAGGACACCCCGGCGACGGACAUGCAAGCGUUAUACUGGUUCCGGACAGCGGCGCGGCUGGGGGGCGAAGUCAGGGGAAGUUGGGACUGGCAGGCAGGCUGCGCACUCCAGAUGGGCAAGGUGUACCUGCGGCAGCAGGAAAAGGACAAGGCGCGGGAUAUCUUUCGGUAUGUGGCACUGGAGCUGGAUGUUGCCGAGGGGUGCUGGCUGUACGCCACGCUGUUGGAGCACGGGGAGGAGAGGAAAGGGAUGGUGUUGAAGGCGGCCGUGAGCGGCAUUCAGGAGGCGGCGAGGGAGGCUGCGCGGUUGGAGGGCCUGGAGAUGGAGAAGGCGCGGCAGGAGGGGACGCUGAAGGGCUGGGAGGCCAACUUGAAGGGGUGUCUGCAGAAGGAGUGGGAGACUAUUGCUGGAGAUCGCACCAUGUAUGAAGAUGGGGUCUCCAUGUGAAAAUAUAUUGUAUAUUAUCUUGAGCGGUGAUUUCUACGAUACCCGAGGUUCGAUGAUGAGCCCCGAUACAGAGGAAAACUUGGUCAAAGAGUUCACUUCGUACUGGGAUGUGACUUCUGGCUGCAAUGUUCAUUUCAGUCUAUAUUCAGGGCCACGGAAAUCGAAUUUUUGUUGAAUACAUCAUCUCUCUGGCAUG